AGGGGAGACAGAGUGGCCUGGUCACAGCAGCAGCAGCAUUGCCUCGCUACGUGCUGUGCUCCUCCCCCCUGCCUGCACAGCUCCUCCUCCGUUCCACUCACAGCUCACAGCCUGCAGCUGCUAAACCCAGCCAGGGCAAGGAGAGAGCAGCAGCAGUGCCCGGGAAGGAUCGCUGCCCAGCACAGAGAUGACAUUGAUUUUGUUGUAAGGGCUGGUAGGCAGAAGAUGGAAGGACGUAUCUCCUGCAUGUCUUGCAUAUAUAAUACAGUCCACGUGUGUACAAAUCUGAAGGUGUGGAUGAUUGGGAGUGUGUUCUCUGACUAGUGUGCAGCUGCUCAACGCAAACCAAGAUACAAUGCCACCGCCUUCGGAUAUUGUGAAGGUGGCUAUUCAGUGGCCUGGGGCUUUCCCAAAAUUGAUGGAAAUAGAUCAGAAAAAGCCUCUAUCUGCUAUAAUAAAGGAAGUCAGUGACGGAUGGUCCAUCUCUCAGAAUCAUGACGAUCUGGCACUUCAGUAUGCUGAUGGCUCUGGGUUCUAUAUCACUGAAAAAAAUCGCAACGAGAUAAAAAAUGGAGCAAUUCUUCGGCUAACAGACUCCCCAGCUACCAAUGCCCAGAGGCUCCAUGACAGAGUCCAGUCUUCCAGUAUGGAUGUCAAGCUAGAAGGACUAAAGGAUUUGGCCAAAUAUUCACGAGAUAUUACUUUUGCACAAGAAUUUAUAAACUUGGAUGGCAUUUACCUUCUCACACAGAUGGUGGAAAGUGACCCAGAGCGAUAUCAAAAGUUGCAGAAGAUAAUGAAACCCUGUUUUAGAGAGAUGCUGUCCUAUACCUUGACGGCGUUUGUGGAGCUGAUGGAUCACGGCAUUGUGUCGUGGGAUACUUUCUCUGUUGCCUUCAUUAAAAAGAUUGCGAGCUUUGUGAACAAGUCCGGAAUGGAUGUUUCAAUUUUACAACGGUCACUAGCCAUCCUUGAGUCCAUGGUUUUAAACAGUAUUGAUCUGUAUCAGAAAGUUGCACAGGAGAUCACCAUUGGCCAAUUAAUUCCUCAUCUUCAAGGGACAGAUCAAGAGAUUCAGACAUACUCCAUCGCAGUAAUCAAUGCACUUUUUCUUAAAGCCCCGGAUGAUAUAAGACAGCAUUACAUAGAAGACAGCAUUGACAUCGUUGAUUAUCCUCUGAGUGAAAUGGCAAACAUAUUGGCACAAAAGCAGCUGCGCUCUAUCAUACUCUCACACGUCAUCAGAGCGCAGAAAACAAUUAACAAUGAGAUGGCACACCAGUUGUAUGUACUACAAGUGCUGACUUUCAAUCUGUUGGAAGAUAGAAUGAUGACUAAAAUGGAUCCUCAAGACCAAGCCCAGAGGGAUAUUAUAUUUGAACUGCGCAGAAUUGCAUUUGAUGUAGAACCAGACCAAAACAACCUUGGUGGCAGCAUUGAAAAAAGGAAAUCAAUGUACACCAGGGACUAUAAGAAGCUGGGAUUUACUAACAAUGUGAAUCCAGCGCUGGAUUUUACCCACACUCCUCCAGGAAUGCUGGCACUUGACAACAUGCUGUAUUUUGCUAAGCAUCACCAGGACGCCUACAUUCGGAUUGUCUUGGAAAAUAGCAGUCGGGAAGACGAGCAUGAAUGUCCUUUUGGCCGCAGUAGUAUUGAACUAACCAAGAUGCUUUGUGAAAUCCUCAAAGUGGGAGAGCUGCCCAGUGAAACUUGCAACGAUUUUCACCCUAUGUUCUUCACACAUGAUCGAUCGUUUGAGGAAUUCUUUUGUAUCUGCAUCCAACUGUUGAACAAGACUUGGAAAGAAAUGAGGGCGACUUCUGAAGAUUUCAAUAAGGUCAUGCAAGUUGUGAAAGAACAAAUCAUGAGAUCACUCACAAACAAGCCAAGUUCUCUGGACCAGUUCAAAAGUAGACUCCAAAACCUCAGCUAUACGGAAAUCUUGAAAAUACGUCAGUCAGAGAGAAUGAACCAAGAGGAUUUCCAGUCUCGGCCUAUACUGGAGCUGAAAGAGAAGAUCCAACCAGAAAUCUUAGAACUCAUAAAACAGCAGCGACUUAACCGGCUUGUUGAAGGAACAUGCUUUAGGAAACUGAACAGCAGAAGACGACAAGAUAAGUUUUGGUAUUGCCGACUUUCGCCCAAUCAUAAAGUGUUACACUAUGGAGAUGUAGAGGAGAGUACUCAAGGAGAGAUUCCACAUGAUAAUUUACAAGACAAAUUGCCAGUGGCAGACAUUAAAGCAAUAGUGACUGGAAAAGACUGUCCUCACAUGAAGGAGAAAGGAGCACACAAACAGAAUAAGGAGCUGCUUGAGUUGGCAUUCUCAAUUAUGUAUGACUCCAACUGCCAAUUAAAUUUCAUUGCGCCAGAUAAACAUGAGUAUUGUAUUUGGACAGAUGGACUUAACGCAUUACUUGGAAAAGACAUGAUCAGUGAUCAGACGCGAAAUGACUUGGAUACGUUGCUUAGCAUGGAAAUAAAACUCCGCCUACUAGAUCUGGAAAAUAUACAAAUUCCCGAUGCCCCACCCCCUAUUCCAAAGGAGCCUAGCAACUAUGAUUUUGUUUACGACUGUAACUGAGAUUUUGUGGGACCUUAUGCUUCAACUGGAAUUGCUAGAACUGGAGAAUGAAAAGAGAAAUAUUCAGUGUAUCUCUAACAGUUUCACUUGACACACUUUCCAUCUUCAAUGAAGCCUUUCCAAAUAUUAAGCCAGUUUUUCAUCUGGCCAGCAUACUGUGCAUAUCACACCAGGUGACUUGGUUACAAAAGGCAAUUUUCCCUGAAAGCAACAGAAACUAGAUGUCCAUAUUUUGAUGCUUUAAAUGACACAAGCAUUAUGAUUCCCCUAUUGAAGUGUGAUGCUCUCAGCUUUAUGUUCUGGAGCAAAGAGAUGAAUAGACUUUAUUGUCAAUGCUAUUUUUCUCAUUCUGAUCAGAGACACAAAAGGCACUAACGAAGGCUACUGAUGAUAAGAAAACGGCUUUGAAGCAUUGAAUUUUCUUCUCAUUCUUUAUGUUAUCACUGUGGCUAGAAAAGUAGUUCUACUGUAGUUUCUUCAGAUCUAGCUAAAUUAUAGGUUUGACUUUAGUACAGUCACAGUGUCAUGACAACACCUGUCUUGCAUUUUGAAACUCAGAACUAGGAUAGUAUUGUUGCUGUGUAUCGCAUUAUAACGUGCACAUUCGUCCACUACAAUGGUCAGUUUCACUUGUUUCAGAAGAAUAUAGACUGUUACACUAUAUUAUAAUUACAUGAGGCCAUCUAACAAACAUGUUUUACAUUAAUAGUAAAUAUUUGAAGAGCUGUCCUUAACGUUUAAUAGGGAGCCCUUAUUACUGGGAAGGGUAUUGCGUAUAAAAGUUAUAGAAUGAGUGAUUUAAACCAAGUGCAGUACAGUAAUUUAGCCUGUAGGUGGAGCUCGAUGCUUUGCAAAACAAGAGGCAGCAUUUAACUGGUGAAAAUGCCAUUUCCCCUUUAACCAACCCUUUAUCAGAGCAUGUUAUACAGAGUAUGUCUGCUUAUUUCCAAGCUUAAGCAAGCUAAGUUUUCUUUAUCCAUAUAUAUAAUAGUCUUCAGUGUGAGGAGAAAAUUGUGCUGACAAUUCUUUCGUCCUAAAAUAUCAAAUAACGGUAAAAAGAACAGCGUGUUUGGUUUCUUUACUGAUGAUCACUGUGACAUCACUAAUAUACAUAUCACAAAUAAUCAUGGGCUUUGCAGAAUUUAAGCCAAUCUUAGAAUAAUCUCCAAUUUAAAGUUCCUGAAAAGGCCUCUGAGUCAUACAGGUGGAUUUCCAUAUAUGACCAGUUAGACCUUAAACAAUUUAUUUCAUUAGUUGUUUUAAAACUUCAGUUUACAUUUUUUAUGCCACUUUACAACAGAAAAUCUUUUUUUUUCCCUUUUUUUUUUUUGUUUCCUUGGUUGACGUGUGAUAAACAAAUGUGGAUUGGUGUACUCAUUGUACAUUCCAUCUAUAGAGUGUAAUGAAGAACAGUACCAAGAACUGAAAGUGUAAAAAUAAAUUAAUAGUUUUAUUCCUAAGAUUAGUAACUUUAAAGUUCAAUACAUGUUAUUGUUUACCUUAUGGAUUUUCUAUUUAUUUAAUAUAUGCAGAAAAUUUCAUCCAGUGAUGUGGAAAGGAUGUACAUAUUUAUAUCAAUUCAUAAUAAACAGUAUGUGCUUUUCUUCUAUA